CAUUCAUUGCAAAAUUAUGUUAGAAGUCUUUGACUUCAUCUUCAUCAUCAUUAUCUCAUUUUUUUUUUGUCUCUAAUCACACACAUAGUGAGGGAGAUGGAAGCAUUAUGUGCAAUAUCAGUAUGCAUAAUCCUUUUAGCAACCCUUGUUUGGGCAUGGAAAAUGUUGAUAUGGUCAUGGCUAAGACCCAAGAAGCUAGAAAAGUUGUUAAGAGAACAAGGCCUUAAAGGGAACCCAUAUAAGCUUUUAGUUGGAGACAUGAAAGAGUUUAUGAAGAUGCAAAAGGAAGCAAGAUCCAAACCCAUGCCUCUAUCUGAUGAUAUAGUUCCCCAUGUGUUUCCCUUUGGUAACCAAAGUGUUGCUAAACAUGGGAAGAAUUCUUUUAUGUGGUUUGGACCAACACCAAGGGUGAUCCUAACAGAUCCUGAGUUAGUUAAAGAAGUUUUCAAUAAGAUCUACGACUUCCAAAAGCCUAAUAAUAAUCCUCUUGUCAGAAUACUAGCUACUGGUCUUAUAAUCCACGAGGGAGAAAAGUGGAAUAAGCAUAGAAAGAUAAUUAAUCCUGCAUUCAAUUUAGAAAAAUUGAAGAUGAUGUUACCAAUAUUCUUCGAAAGUUGUAAUGAUCUGAUUAGAAAAUGGGAGGGAAUGUUAUCAUCAGAUGGAUCAUGUGAAAUUGAUGUGUGGCCUUCCAUUCAAAAUUUGUCAAGUGAUGUUAUUGCUCGAACAGCAUUUGGAAGUAGUUAUGAAGAAGGAGUGAAAAUAUUUCAACUUCAAAAGGAACAAGCUGAACUUACCAUGGAAGUUUUGACGAAGAUUUAUAUCCCUGGUUGGAGGUAUCUACCCACUAAGACAAACAAAAGGUUGAAGGAAAUUGACAGGUAUAUAAUAGCUUCCUUGACUGAUAUGAUUAACAAGAGAGAAAGAGAAAUAAAGGCAGGUGAAGCCACUAAGAAUGACUUAUUAGGAAUUCUUCUUGAAUCAAAUCACAAGGAAAUUGAAGAAAACAACAACAAUAAAAAUGUUGGAAUGAAUCUUGAUGAUGUGAUCAAGGAAUGCAAGCUUUUCCACCUUGCAGGGGAAGAAACCACUUCAGUUUUGCUUGUUUGGACAAUUCUAUUAUUGAGUAGGUACCCUAAUUGGCAAGCACAUGCAAGGGAGGAAGUUCUACAAGUUUUUGGCAACAAAAAACCAGAUUUUGAAGGACUAAGUCAUCUUAAGAUUGUUACCAUGAUUUUGUACGAGGUUCUAAGGUUAUAUCCACCGGUAGUUAUGAUUCCUCGGGCCGUUUACAAAGAUGUAAAAGUCGGGAACCUAACAUUACCGGCUGGAGUACAAAUUGCCUUACCAAUAGCUUGGCUUCACCAUGACUCUGAACUAUGGGGUGAUGAUUCUAACGUGUUCAAUCCUGAGAGAUUUUCUGGAGGAAUUUCCAAAGCAUCAAAUGGUAAAAUUUCAUUUUUUCCAUUUGGUUGGGGUCCUAGAAGUUGCAUUGGACAAAAUUAUUCCAUGUUGGAAGCAAAGAUGGCAAUAGCAUUGAUUUUGCAACAUUUCUCAUUUGAACUUUCUCCAACUUAUGCUCAUGCUCCAGCUUCAGUAAUAACUCUUCAGCCACUAUAUGGUGCUCAUAUCAUUCUCCAUAAAUUGGAAAUAUAAGAAAUUAUAUUUGGUGCUACUAGGUGCUGGAAAAUAUAUGGUGUAAUAAUAAAGAAACCUUUUCAGCCACAACAUGGAGCUAGCUCAUAUCAUUCUAUCAUGUGUUUGGUUUUAUGCUAUAUUAAAACGUGUUAUCAAAGCUAAAAACAUUAUUGUGCUUCUUAAAAAUUAUCUAGUUCAGUAAGAUGUUGUUAUAUGUUUGCUUCUUGAAAAUUAAGCACAAAUAUUAGUUCUUGAAAAUCUAGCAGCCAAUGGACAAUGGUGACCUAAUGACGCCCAGUGGUGCCUAGCCCCUCAUGGGCGCAUCACCUGUUAACCCAUUUGGGGUUGGAAACCCGAAAGGGUCGUUUAACCACCGUCGGUUUGUCGUGUUGGUCGUCAGUCGUCUUUCAUGUUAUUAAUUGGUUGGAGUUGCCGUCGUUGCGGUGGCUGAGUUCGCUUAGAUUUGAUGGUUGGAGUGCUUUGAAUCUUUGUUGGUAUCUUGCCGUUUCGGCUUGCUGUUUUAGGUUUUAGAUUCUUGUUGAGUAUGCACGAUAAGAAGAAGAAAAAUUGGGCAUUAAAAUUGAAGCUCGGUAACUUCAUUUAGCAACCAAAACAUUGCUACCACUUUUCCAAAUCUGCUGAGGUUUGGAGGUUUCUUUGUAUCUAGUUGAUCCUCUUCCGCGUCGAUGUUGACUGUUUGGAGAUGGACUGCAAGUUGAGGGCUUAUCGGUGCCUAGAUUUUCAUUCUACCGUUACCCCAUUAAUUUUUGGUUCGAGGAGCUGCUUUUUGAAUUCCGAUGAACCGAUCAAUUUUGAUUCGAGAUCUGGAGUUAGAGUCUAGUAACAUCUUUUUAGGUCGGGUUAAUGGUUCGCUUCGGUAGUUUGGAGGCUGAGGAAUGUCUUCUAAAUGUGUGAUUAGAAGUGCCUCUACUAGGUGGUGUCUAGUUUUAGGCUUUUAGCUUUUCAUUAGUCUCCCGCAUAUAUACGGGGAAUUUGGUGUUCAUCACAAUGAGAGGAAGGGGGGUUGUUGUGUCGUUCCUGGACAGAGUGAGGUUGAAGAAGAUGCAAGUGCUUGAUACAACGUUUUUUUAUUUAUUAAACAAAUACUUAUUUUCAAGUUUUAAAAUGAGCCACUAAAAGUACAAAAUGAGGUAUGGAGUAUAAUAAAUGAUGUGGAUCGGAACU